UAACUCUUAAUUACGUUUGGGCUGCCAACCUGGAAAAAAGCCCGAAACGGCCGGUUAAGCAAAAAUUAGGCCCGGCGUUUCUUGAUUCCGCCAUUUAUUUCUACUGUGCCAAAAUCCCCAAUUCUGGUUCCCUUUCGUCUCUCUCUCUCUCUCUCUCUCUCUCUCUCUCCUCGUCAAAUCUUGAAACCUAACCCUAGUCUCUCCUAAACCCAGAAUCAUUGAAGAUUGUUUUGAUUCCCUCUUGUCUCCUCGGAUUUACUUUUAAAUUCCCCUUUAUUGUAUAUUCUUUGAUCUGCAUUUCAGAACGGACCCCAUUAGAGAGGUUGGAGGGACGAAAACUCAAGGUGGGAAAAAAGAUGCAUUCCUUAUUACAACAAGUGAGUUUGAGUUUGUGGGACGAGGAGAGACGAGGGGCAAGUGCGAAGGCAGCAUUAGUAUGAGGAAUUACCUCUCGAUGCCAGCCUUGCAUACCAAAAAUAUCUAGUUUUCUGUAUGUACAAGGGUGGUUAGUGUAUACAUACAUAUACGUCAUCUAGAUAUGGUUUUGUAGCUUCGGCUUACAAGGGGUUAGAGAAAAAGAUGGCCUUUCGUACAGAAGACGAACAAACAGAGGAUUACCUUUUCAAGAUUGUCCUGAUCGGUGACUCAGCCGUUGGGAAAUCGAAUCUGCUCGCCAGAUUCGCUCGGGACGAAUUUUACCCCAACUCAAAAUCGACAAUUGGUGUAGAAUUUCAGACUCAGAAAAUCGAGAUUAACGGCAAGGAAAUCAAGGCACAGAUUUGGGAUACAGCUGGACAAGAACGGUUUAGGGCAGUUACAUCUGCUUAUUACAGAGGUGCUGUUGGAGCCCUUCUCGUUUAUGACAUCAGCAGACGUCAGACAUUCGAAAGCAUCGGCAGAUGGCUCAACGAACUUCACACGCAUUCGGAUAUGAAUGUGGUGACAAUAUUGGUGGGGAAUAAAACCGAUUUGAGAGAUGCACGAGAGGUGAGAGUUUCGGAGGGGAAAGCGUUGGCCGAGGCACAGGGUUUGUUCUUUAUUGAAACAUCGGCUCUCGAUUCUUCGAACGUUGGUGUUGCGUUCCAGACAGUGGUGCGAGAGAUAUUUAAUAUUUUGAGUAAGAAAGUUAUUCAAUCUCAAGAACUGAAAGUGAAAGAUCCAGGGUGGAUGGCAAAUGGGAAGACGGUGGUUUUACAGACGGAGGGGGGAGGAGAAGCGGCGGAAUUAGGGCGGAGUAAAAAAGGUUGGUGUUGUUCUUCGUGAUCGUGUCGGGUUUCGGUAAUGAAUAAAUUUGUUGGAAACCCCCCGCCCGGUUUUUUUUUUUUUUUUUUCUUUAAAUUAUAUGUGUAGUUGUAAUCCUAUGUUUUGCUGUUGAUGUAAAAGGUUUAGCCUGAGAUUUGUUCACUUGUUAAAGUGGAAAUUCUGUAAAGAAAAGAAUUUGUGAUGUCUAGUGUAUUGUUUUCAAGUUUAAUUUAUUUUUACCUUUU